UUGUGUACUAUGGAAUGCUACAAGUUGUUGUUCGUGUGGCCAAUAGGAAAGAGUCCACUCCAAACACUGCAAUAUGCUGCUUAUUCUUCCCACUAUCGUUCUUUUCGUCCAAGAUACUUAGUACGGGCACAACAAGAAAUUGGAGCAAGUCACCAAGUGAGACCACUGACAAGACAAGUUAUCGAAAAAAUUCACUCAGAUGAAAUUAUUCGUUCUCCUGUUGAUGUGGUUCGUGAGUUGUUAGACAACGCCAUCGACGCUCAAGCCAACAUCAUCACAGUGGAGUGGCAAGAAGACAAAAGAAGAAGAAUUCGAGUGAUAGAUAACGGUAUGGGUAUGUCUUUAGCAAACUUGGAGUUGUGUAUCCAGUCACAUACGACUAGCAAAAUAGCAUCUUUAGAUGAUUUGCACCAUAUGAAUACUUUGGGAUUUCGAGGACAAGCUCUAUGGGCAAUUGCCAUCUAUUGUGAAUCGUUAUGUAUUUCUAGUCGGCCUGCUUCGGAAUGGGUUGGAUAUCGUUUAGAAUAUUCAAACCAUUUAUCCAAACAUCAUAUUGUUCCAGUAUCUCAAGAUAUGGGUACCUGUGUACAAGUAUCGUUACACGAAGCUGCAACUGGUCAACAUGAGAAACAAAUUAGAAACUUGUUCCAACGAUAUGCGCUGAUUUAUCCAAAGAUAUCUUUUCGAUUGAGGAAAAAUAUCCAUGAAAGAAGACCUUACAUUGUCUAUUCUAAAUGUCGUCAUCUUUUGGAAAGAGUUGUACAAGUACUUCCUAUUCCAUCCAAUGAAUUGCGAUAUCAUCAAGUAAAAUUGGAACAACAACAAGGCAACCCUAUCGGUCAUAUUCAAGUAAUAAUAGGAUUACCGGAAAGAAUUCAUCGAGCACGUAAUGAUUGGAUGUGGACGAGUAUCAAUGGAAGGAUAUUGGAACAAAGUAUAUUUCAAGAGUUGAUUAUGGCGAAAACGAAGAAAAUGAUUCCUUCUGGUAGAUAUCCCCUUUGUUUCGUACUCAUAGAGUUGAAGCCAACAUACGUGAUAUGGGAUUUUAGUCCUAAGAAAUUGGACGUCCAAAUCAAGCCUUGUAUUCAACAAGAGUUACAAAAGAAUAUUUCUUAUUGUAUCGAUCGAGCAUUGGAUGUUAGUGAUGCACUUUAUAAGGAGACCGAUGCUUCAGAAUGGACAAAUGAUAGGUUUGGAUAUCCAGAAAAAGUUUUAUCUCAGCAAAGUUGCGAUCAUUUUCAAAAAUGGAAAGUUGUUGGACAACUGAAAAAGACUUAUAUCGUCGUCGAAACGGACUCAAGUGUUUUGUUAGUGAGUACUAGUCUACGAAUUGCUGGCCUACUAAGAUUGCACAAGUUGGAACAACAUGUCGCUCAUGAAGGAGUGCUAUUUGAAAAACUAUGUGAAUUGUGGAGAAGUAAACCAGAGUUCUUAUCCUUUUGUUCACUUCCCUCAUCGUUAUUGUUACAAGGAGUACCUCAAAUAUGUAUAGAACGAUUACAACAACUGCAUAUUCACGCAAGGUCAUUGGAUGGUAUGCUUACAUGGACUAUUGAUGAAUUGCCAAAAAUCAUUUUCGAUAUGUUGCAUCAUAACGACUCUUGUGAAGCACAAUUGAUGAGAAUUGCUAAUCCUCAACGCAACUUGGAGGAUAAUUUGGCAGACUUUGCUUGCCGUUGUGCUUGGAAUAAUGGAAAGGAACUCACACAGUUUCAAAUGGAUAGACUGGUGGACCAGUGGAUGCAUCUUAAAGGUAACAAAAGAACAUGUCCUCAUGGAAGACCUAUUUUUAUUCAACUUCAUGAUAACUACUUGUCGAGACUGUUUAAAAGGACUUGGUUUCCUAUAGAAAAAUCAUAAAUCCAAUUCUUCUUUUCUUAUGGAGC